AUGGCCGCCUUCAAAGGAGCAGAUGGAAAGCUGUUGUGUGAAUUUUUGUCUUCUGAUAAGUACAGAGACUUCGCGAACUACCAAGAAAACAUGAGUUCGCUUCAUUUGUUUAUUCAGGCACUUAUUUAUCAAACACUAAAACAGCUUGUAGUUUUAUUCAACUAUUUUCCAAAGGAAGGAAAAAGGAUCAGGAAUUCACUUGUUUUACCGAUCAUUUUUUCUUAUUUAAGUCUCCUUGUUCUUCUUCGCAAUGUCAAAACGUAGGAACCUGCAUCCCGAGUUUCAAAUACAAUUCUUACGACUGUCUCUGUGAACAAAGUUUCGCUGGAGAAUAUUGCGAGAAAGGUAAUUGAUAUGUAUACUCCGGGUAAGUUGUUUUUGUAAUCUAUUUCUGUCAAUAUACUGAAUAAUGGUGGAAAAUAAACUACUGGGACGCGAUUUUGUGUUUUCGGCUCCUCGAAGAUGAAUUAAACUGGCGGUCGCACUUUUUAAUAACACCUGCGGUACUUUGCAAUAUUGACAUAUUUAUCAAUGAUGCAAUGAUCAUUACAAAGCGCGACAGAUCGAGUGUUGAUCCAGUCGAUCAGUACUAUCUAAAUGUGUGGCCUAUACUUACUAUUUCGAUCAAUAUUCAAGACCUCAAUGCACAAGAUUUUUUUUCAGAGCAGAAAAAGUUUUAAAGCGCUACGGAUGUUUUUAAAAGGUUUACUUUUCAGAGAACCGCCAGCGUUUAUUAUUUUCUUUAAAUAUUUUGACCUCCGAAAGAGAUGUUCAGUCUUGCGAAGUGCAGUAUUCGUUGAACUCUCUCUUCUUUCCGUAAAAUUUCAGUUGCCAGCAUGCACAAAAUACAACAAAAUUGACCUAAGAAUUAGGAUUUAACAGUCCGUAGAUGUCGUGACGGUGCGAAAUGGAUUACAUAGAGUUGAAUAUAGCAUAAAAAAAUGUUGAGUCAAACCAAGUUUAAUUGAAUGAGAAUCAGAAACAGAAAAACUGAAAUUCCAUGGGUUUCAAGUGUUCACUAACUGGAAUUUUCAGUGUGCUACGUUUGAAGUCGACAAACAUCGUUUUGAGCAUCUUCUAUGAAGAAACAAAAAAUUAAACAGUAUUUAAUAAAACAGCCUGAAACGCUUUGGUGUGAAUGGAGUCUGAGAAUUUAGAUGUAAAUGAGAAAGUGAUUUAAUAAACCAACAAGAUUUCUUUUUUUCUUCUAAGUCGUAAAGUCUUGCAAGGAACUAUAUGAAGUCUACAGGUUGGUUUCUUCUUAAGAACGUUUCUGUUUCUUCAGCUCAAAAUUUAUCAUAUCAUCAUGAUUCUUUCUUUAUUCAAUUGAUGUCAUCUUCACCAUUCGAGUGCCCCCCUCCCCCUUCCCCUCGUGUAUGAAUGACAAUACUCAGCGUGGAAACCCAGUUAUAAAGACAUAUGCAACAAAAGUUGGUGCAAUGUUGUUGAAAACAAGAUUUGACUCCUUUCAACACAUUCUAAAGAAAAGUUUAGACGCAUAUUCGAUCGUAAGGGAGCGAGAAAGAGAAGGCUGGCAUUUUAGCGGCAGAGAAAUAUGUCCACAUUGGAAAGCGCAAAAACCCGUUGAUUUCUAUACUGGGACUGGAUUGAUUUAUUACAUUAAAACGAUCAAAUCAUUUUUUUUUUUUUUGAUAGAUCUGAUGUCAGUAGACUUGUUGCCCUCGGUCUGGACUCCAAACCAGUCUCCGUCCUCUGCCACAUGGGGGAUAUUGAAUGUGGAUAUUGAGGGUAGACGCCAGUUAUGAAUUAAACAAUUACCGCCCAAUAUCGGUGAUUCCAAUAGUGGCGAAGGCGUUUGAAAGGAUAGUUUAUGAACAGUUAUAUGCCUAUUUGAAAGAGCACGAUAUUCUAUGUCAAAACCAGUCAGGUUUUCGUGCUAAUCAUUCAACUGUAACAGCUUUGUUGGAAGCGACAGAUUCUUGGGCAUAUGAUAUUGAUAACAGGAAAAUCAAUGGAGUGAUUUUUCUGGAUUUGAAGAAAGCUUUUGACACUGUUGAUCAUCAGAUUCUUCUAUCGAAACUAAACUAUUAUGGUAUACAUGGCAAAUCUUUCAAAUGGUUUCAGUCAUAUCUAGAAAACCGCGCACAAAAAUGCUCUGUGAACUGGUCGCUUUCCAAUAGCUACUCACUGACAUGCGGCGUCCCUCAAGGGACCAUCCUCGGUCCAUUAUUGUUUUUAUUAUAUAUUAACGAUCUUCCAAAUUGCUUAUCAAAUUGUAAACCAAGAAUGUACGCUGACGACACGCACCUUACAUAUGCGGGCAGUAAUCUUGAGAAUGUUCAGUUUUGUCUAAAUGAAGACCUAGCAAACGUUUUCAACUGGCUACAAGCAAACAAACUUACAUUGAACAUGACCAAAACCGAAUUCAUGCUAAUAGGGUCGAGGCAGAGACUGAAUACUCUCACAGCUUCACCAACAAUUACAAUGAACAAUACUCAAGUGAGCCAGGUUACAGCAACGAAAUCGCUUGGUGUAAUAAUAGACGAUAAACUCGAUUGGCAUAGUCACAUCGAAAAAUUAACCAAAAAGAUCGCCUCUGGUAUCGGGGCCCUAAAGCGAAUUAGGCACCUGAUCCCAGCAUCAACCUUACAUCUCGUUUAUCAAGCCUUAGUAAAACCUCACUUUGAUUACUGUGACAUUGUUUGGGGUAACUGUGGGAAAACGCUACAAGACAAACUGCAGAAAUUGCAGAAUAGAGCAGCCUGUGUGUUGACAUUCUCUAACUAUGAUGCUGAUGCAACUGAGCUACUCGAGUUUUUAAGGUGGAAAAAUCUUACACGCCAGCAGGAAAUUAACAAAGCCACCAUGAUGUUUAGAUGUCUGCACGGGCUAGCUCCAGAGUAUCUGUGUUCAAAGUUUACGUGGCGUGACUCUGCUUAUGACCUCAGGGACUCUGAAAAUAAGCUCAAUGUUCCCUUACCGCGCACUAAUUAUUACCGAAAAAGCUUUAGCUACAAUGGCGCCACAUUAUGGAACAGUCUGCUAUGCGACGUAAGGAACACAGAGUCUCUGGGGGUAUUUAAACGUAAGAUCAAUGACAUUAGAGACCUUAAGAUCGAGGUUUGGCCAUCUUACCGCAAACGCUAAACCGCAGUUUGCAGUUAGCGGUUUCACGUUAGCCGUCUGCCCAUAUUUGGGACUUAAGAUCCGCGUGUGAUAGCACUGGUGAAUUAUGCCUUGUCAAUCUUUCUCGGCAUCCGCGCCCCUUUAGUUCAACUCUGUUGCUGUCGGAACUGAAGACUUCACUGAGAAUAGUUGCUAAUUCAUUCCAUUCCUGAUGCGUUUGUGGCUUUCUGGAAGCAACUUCUUUAGCCAGGGCAAUGUCAUUUUUAAGGCUUGGCCAUCUGAACGGAGCCAUCUAGGAAACAAAGAAUGCAUUUACAUAUCAUCAGAAAUCUGCUUUUGUUGUAAUUUGUUUAUCGUAGUUUAACCAUAAAGUAAUCCGACUGGCAAAUCAGUUCCAACAACAAAUAGCCGGCUGCCAUGUUUGUUUUCAUUCGUUUGUUUUUUAGCUGAGAAAUCGUCUUCAAAAUCACGUUUCUAUAAAAAUAAUUCGAUAAUUAAUGAGCGAAAUAGUUCUAAACAGUAGUAUUUCCUCUCAAACGUGGGAUUGUGAUGUUUUAGGGUGCGAAAAAACUUGCGGUAAAUCACUUACCUCUAGAGCGUGGUCUUGACGUACAAACGUGAACCUCAAACCGCAAACCUGACGGCAAGGCUCUGGUCACGUGACUUCUUGACGUUCGCGGGAAAUGCCGAAAAACCUCAAUCUUAAGGUCUCUAUUCUUUAGGUCUAACGCACGGCACUCACGGAAAACAGCUUUUAGUGUUAUAUUAUAUAGUUUGAAUUUUAAAUAUUCUAGUGUAUGUAUUUUUAGGCUGAUGAAUUGACCGUGUUUAAAUAAAAAUAAAAUGAAAUGAAAUGAAAUGAAGAUUGACGGCAGAAAGGUACCUUUCAUCACGUUCUGGUUUCUUUAUUAAUAACAUACCUGAAAAAAAAUUACGCGCCUCUGAUUGGCUGAAAACGAAUGCAUUUUUCAUGUAACACGAGUGCAAAGUUAUAACACGAGUGCAAAUUACGAAUAGCGCGCGAGCUUCCAAAAUUUCGUCCGUCUUGACUUUCAGUGCUACAUUUUUUCAUGGAAAUUAUGAACAACUAACAGCAUGAUUUCAUGUGCAGUUUAGUAAUAAUAAGCACAUUUAAAUUUUUCAAAGACUACAAAUCGCGCUCGCCCUUCAGGUUCAUGCAUUUUAGUUUGAAAAAUUUACUCGUGCUUACACUAAAUUGCACUCGAAAUCAUGUUGUUUCCGAUACAGAACUUAUUAUUGAAUACAGAUAGCCCUGAGCUCGAAACAUCAAUGGGUCUAGCGAAGACAAAAUGACAGACUAAUAUCUGUAUUUUUAUGUUCUUUUUUUUCCUAUUUAUGAAAAUAAAAUGAUGCUGCUAACUUUUAGAUAAACACAGGUUCAAAUGACAAUUCUAAGGACAGACACGACAAUACCAGUUCAUUUAUUUUCUUUACCAUAAAUCUUACAUGACUGAUUAAAAACACAAUGAUGAUAAUAAUGAUGAUGAUGUUGACUGACAAUAGAAACAGACGUCAUUUUAAAAUGCGAAAAAAACUAAGGGAUUACUGAAUUUGUCUAUGUGAUGAGUAUCACAGAAACAAUGACGGAAUUAUCUUAAUCUUCUUCAGACCACUUUUCGCUAUUAUGCACCUUACUGGAGUGAUUAUAAAGGAUACAACCUUCCUGGAGGAGAGACUGGGUUCGACGGACAGGAAUCAAAGGUACCCACCUACUGGAACACAUCCUUCCUCUAG